AUGAAGCACUGGAAGAGCCUGCUACUCUCGGGUCUCGCAUCGGGGGGCGCCGUCAUCAAUCGCAGCGAUGGCGAUAAUGCCCUCGCCAAAUGUCCUGGAUACAAGGCGUCAAAUGUCAAGACCUCUGCCCAUGGAUUGACGGCCCGCCUUUCCCUUGCCGGCGAAGCGUGCAACGUCUACGGCGAGGAUUUGAAGAAUCUUAUUCUAGAAGUGACCUAUGAGUCUGACAAUCGCCUUCAUGUCAAGAUUCAAGACGAGGAAAACCAGGUCUACCAAGUCCCGGAAGCAGUUUUCCCUCGUCCUACCGGAAAAUCUUCUCCCUCUAGCAGCAAACUCCAGUUCCACUACACAGCCAGCCCAUUUUCAUUCAAGGUGAGCAGGCGGCAUUCUCACGAGGUUCUCUUCGACACAUCCGCCGCCUCUCUGGUGUUCGAAUCACAGUAUCUCCGUCUGCGUACCAAGCUGCCCAAGGACCCCUACCUGUACGGCCUUGGCGAGCACUCUGAUCCCCUGAGACUCAACACCACCAAGUACAUCCGGACCAUGUGGAACCAAGACAGUUUUGCUCUCCCCGAAGGUGCAAACCUGUACGGUACUCAGCCCUUUUAUCUCGAGCACCGAGAGUCCGGGUCCCACGGUGUCUUCUUGCUAAACUCCAACGGCAUGGAUGUCAUGAUUGACAAGACCAGCGACGGCAGUCAGUACCUCGAGUACAACACUCUCGGAGGCGUUUUUGACUUGUGGUUCUUUUCCGGCAACACGCCGACAAAGGUCGCCCAGCAAUAUGCCGAGAUUGCUGGGAACCCGGUAAUGCAGCCCUACUGGGGUUUGGGAUUCCAUCAGUGUCGGUACGGCUACCGCGACGUUUAUGAAGUCGCCGAGGUAGUGUACAACUACAGCAAGGCCGGCAUUCCGCUCGAAACAAUGUGGACAGACAUUGACUACAUGGACCGUCGUCGCGUCUUUUCGCUAGACCCCGAGCGUUAUCCAUUGCACAAGAUGCGCCAGCUCGUGUCCCACCUCCACGAGCAUGACCAGCACUAUAUCCUCAUGGUAGAUCCCGCAGUCGCCUAUCAGGACUACGCCCCUCUGCAUGUCGGCAUCCAAGACGACAUCUUUCUCAAGCGAAACAACGGCUCCGUCUGGAUUGGCGUUGUCUGGCCCGGCGUGACCGUCUUUCCCGACUGGUUUUCCAAGAACAUUGCAAAGUACUGGACCGGAAUGUUUGCCAGCUUCUUCGACAAGAAGACCGGCGUGGACAUUGACGCUCUCUGGAUCGACAUGAAUGAGCCGAGUAGCUUCCCCUGCAACUUCCCCUGCGACGACCCAUAUGCUACCGCCAAGGGGUAUCCUCCGCCAGCGCCACCUGUCCGCGAGAACCCGAGAGAGCUACCCGGCUGGCCUUGCGAUUUCCAGCCCCCAAGCACAGGCUGCAAGCGCUCCAGGGGCGCCCUGCCUCACCUGGCCCGCUCUCCCGUCGCCGAAUCACCCCGCGACAUUGACGUUCUGGCGCGCUCCGCUGGAAACAACGACGGGCGGCAGCCCGAGGCUCGAGCCACACGAAACGGCAAUCGAAAGGGUCUCCCUGGACGCGACCUUCUCUAUCCCAAAUACGCCAUUCACAACAAGGCCGCCUACCAGGACUCGUGGAACGCGGACAAGGGCGGCCUCUCGAACCACACCGUCAACACGGACAUCAUGCACGAAAACGGCCUGGCCAUGUACGACACGCACAACAUGUACGGCUCCAUGAUGUCCAUCGCCUCCCGAGAAGCCAUGCUCGCCCGCCGCCCUGGUCUCCGACCCAUGAUCAUCACGCGCUCGACAUUUUCCGGCGCGGGAUCGAAAGUCGGCCACUGGCUGGGCGACAACCUCUCCUCGUGGGACAUGUACCGCAACUCGAUCCGCGAGAUGCUCGCCUUCACCUCCAUCUACGGCUUCAGCAUGGUCGGCUCCGACGUCUGCGGCUUCGGCGGCAACACCACCGAGGAGCUCUGCGCCCGGUGGGCCUCCCUGGGCGCCUUCUCCACCUUUUACCGCAACCACAACGGCGACACGUCCAUCCCCCAGGAGUUCUACCUCUGGGACUCGGUCGCCGAGAGCGCCCGCAGGGCCAUUGCCGUCCGCUACCGACUCCUCGACUACAUCUACACCGCCAUGUACCGCGCCUCUACCGACGGGACCCCCGCCGUCCAGCCCGUCUUCUACCACUACCCCAGGGACAAGGCCACGUGGGCCCUCGAGCUCCAGUACUUCUUCGGGCCGGGCCUCCUCGUCGCCCCCGUCACGCAGCAGGGCUCGACCAGCGUCGACGUCUACCUGCCCAACGACCUCUUCUUCGACUGGUACACGCACCAGCCGGUCCGCGGCGGCGCCAAGGUCCACACCCUCAGGGACGUCAACACCACCACCAUCCCGCUCUUCAUCCGCGCGGGCGUCAUCCUCCCGGCCCGCCUCAACGCCACCUACACCACCGCCGAGCUCCGCAAGCAAGACUUUGAGCUCAUCGUCCCCGUGGACGGGCCCAGGGGCGAGGCCAAGGGCCAGCUGUACCUCGACGACGGCGUCUCCAUCGACCAAAAGGGCCGGCACUCCCUCAUCAAUUUUGCCUACAAGAACGGCUGCCUGUCCAUCGACGGCGUCUUCAACUACAAGGGGCCUGCGCGAAUCUCCAAGAUUACCUUCUUGGGGCUGCAGCGCAAGCCCAGCAAGGGGAAGGGAGGGCGCUCCCUCGGCGGCGACGAGCCAGCCUCGUCGACGUACGACGUGAAUCUCCCCCUAGACAAGGCCGCCACCUUCAACGCCCUUGAGUCAUGA